AUGCUGAAGAAGGAGAAUGAUGAAAAGAUUAAGAAAGAGGAGAUGAACAAAUCUUUAAUAACCCCACAAAAUGGAAGAAUGUAUGUUGGAGAAGAUCCAUCAAAUUUCUACAGAGGAAGAAAUGAUCAUUUCCCAACACAUCAUGUCAACAAUAUUCCUCAACCUUCUUAUGUGCCGCAACACACCUUGAACCCUAACAAUCUCAACACACAGCUCAUACCAUCUCUCGGACAUCAUUUUGAUCAUCGAGGCUCUAUUGUGGUUCCCGAUACAAACCUAGAGAUGAAUCAACAAUUUUUUCACCACCAACAGACCUCGGACUUCACGCCAGAAGAGAAUCUUGGUGAUAACAACUUUACUGAGGAAGAUUUAAUGAUGGCAUCAACAUAUUAUUUGAGCGAGCCGGAUGAUGCUUCUUUUGAAAAGAAGAAUGGGCAUGAAGUUGUGCCAUCGCCCAUAUUUCAUUCGCCGUUUUCCUCUAAUAAGUACCAACGUAGUUCCUUUCUUGAUCAGCAAGAAAGUGGAGGACUUAGCUACAAUACUGUUUUUUCUAAUGAUGAAUCCAACAUUGGGAUUUGCAAGAAGGGAUCAAGAUGGGUCAAGAUCGGAGCCAAGCAUGAAGACGGAAGAUGA